AUGGCAAACACAAGGACCAUGGCCGCAGCAGUCCUGCGCAACUCGGCUCGCCCUCUCGUCGCCUCACCCCGUCUCUUCACACCCGCCUCCACCUCGCUCUUCUCGACAUCGACCGCCCGUCUCGCCUCUGGCUCCGGCGCCCCUGCCCAGGGCUACCGCAUGCCCGCUCCUGCACGAUGGGACCAACAGAAGGAGAGCACCGCCGACAGACUCGGCAACUACUUCCUGCUUACCGAGAUGAUGCGCGGCAUGUACGUCGUACUCGAGCAGUUCUUUAGACCUCCUUACACCAUCUACUACCCCUUCGAGAAGGGUCCCAUCAGUCCCCGUUUCCGUGGCGAGCACGCCCUCCGCCGCUACCCUACCGGUGAAGAGAGAUGUAUUGCUUGCAAGCUGUGCGAGGCCAUUUGCCCCGCCCAGGCCAUUACCAUCGAGGCCGAGGAGCGUGAGGACGGAAGCAGAAGAACUACUCGCUACGAUAUCGACAUGACAAAGUGCAUCUACUGCGGUUUCUGCCAGGAGUCCUGCCCCGUUGACGCCAUUGUCGAGUCACCAAACGCCGAAUACGCUACUGAGACCCGUGAGGAGCUGCUUUACAACAAGGAGAAGCUUUUGAUGAACGGUGACAAGUGGGAGCCCGAACUGGCUGCUGUUGCCAGAGCUGACGCCCCCUACCGAUAA